CGCAUGAGACAGUGGCUCUGUCACUGCUGUAUCAUUGUAUGUAUAUGGUUGCAUGAACCAUGCUUCACUCAGUGUCAUCUGACAUCAACCAAGAAAUAAACAAAUACAAGGAAUAUGUGUCUCUGCUCAAUGAUCCACUGGCUCAGGAUGAAAAUAAGUUGAAAGUUGCUCAAGAAGUGAGCGAACAUUUCGAGGACAUUGCACAUUCUCCUCAAUAUCAAGUGUUUCUAAAUCAUUGUGUUCCAAGAUUUGUCAAAUUAUUGCAAGAUGGAGAACCAAGCUUUGUACUGGAAAAUCAUGGCCAGCAACUUCGCAAACUUGUUCUUGACAUUCUACAUCGGAUUCCAACUAACGAUUAUUUGAAACCUCAUGUUAAAAUGAUCCUCAAUUUAUGCUUCCAGCUACUUGAGGUUGACAAUGAAGAAAAUGUUCAAGUUUGUUUAAAAAUAUUGAUCGAGCUUCAUAAACAAUUCAGACCACAAAUGGCACCAGAGAUCCAACAUUUUCUUGCUCUUGUGAAGAGAAUCUAUUCAGAACUUCCAAGAAAUAUGUCAUGGCUAUUUGAGAAUCCAACAAUAUCAGAUGGAAGUAUGCCUGAUCCAACGCGUAUUGGAACUAUUACUCCGAUACAAUAUAGAGAAAGAGGAAACAUGUCUGCGGCUGGAGUCACUACUGUCAAUAGAACUUAUGUUCCAAAAGCUUUGAAUUCAAUGAAAGUUUUGCAGGAAAUACCAAUCACAGUUGUUUUAAUGUAUCAGUUGUACAAAGCUGCAACACAAAGUGUAGUUGCGGAAUUUAUACCUUUGAUUAUGUCAACAUUGUUGCUGCAACCUUCACAACAAGCUCGAGCUUCUCCUAAUUUCAACAAAGAACUUUUUGUUGAUUUCACAGCUGCUCAAGUCAAGACUUUGUCGUUCAUCGCAUUCUUUGUUCGACCUUACCAUGAAAGCAUCAUUCAAUAUUCAAAUGAAAUGGUGACAGCAAUGCUUCAAUUACUAACAAAUUGUCCACCUGAAGUUGCUUCUCUCAGAAAAGAACUGCUUAUCGCUGUUCGCCAUAUUCUGGCAACUGAUCUUCGUACAAAAUUUGUACCUCGAAUGGAUUCCCUUCUUGAUGAAGAAAUUCUGGUCAGCAGUGGUUGGUCUGCUUGUGAAACAUUGCGACCUCUUGCAUACAGUACAUUAGCUGAUCUAGCUCACCAUGUUCGCGCUCAACUCUCAUUGUCUCAGCUUGCUUCUGCAGUUCACCUGUUUUCGAAAAAUGUUCACGAUGAUUCUCUUCCAUGCUCAAUUCAAACAAUGUCUUGCAAAUUACUUCUGAAUUUAGUUGAAGGUAUAACAAAGAAAAGCGAGGUAGAAAAAAGCUCGCAAGGGCGAGAGAUCCUCAUGAGAAUGUUAGAAGUUUUUGUUUUGAAAUUUCACACAAUAACAAAGUAUCAACUACCAGCUAUACUCGCCAAAUGUAAGCCGCAGAGUGAAGCAACUGGACAAACUGACAAUAGUAGUAAUAGCAAUGCAACUGGAAGUAAUAAUAGUAAUUCUGGCAACACUGGAUCUAACUCAAGUUCAAUCCAAAGUACUUCAGCAUCAACUCCAACUUCCGCUCCUACAACUCCUGGUCCAUCAACACAGCAACAACAUGGAUCAUUGCCUUCUUCCAAGUCAACAGACACCGACAAUUCAAAACAAGAUGAUGGCAAAGGAUCAAGUACAAUAUCAGUGUCUGAUUGUAGAAGUCUGGUUAAAACUCUUGUUUGUGGAGUGAAAACAAUAACAUGGGGAGCAGGAUCUUGUAAAAGUCAAUUCAAUGAACAACAAUCGAGCACAAAUCAACAAUUUUUACCGCAAGAAACCGUUCUUUUCACAAAACUUGUUCGAUAUGCUCUUCAGGCUUUGGAUAUAUACCAGAUUAAUGUGGGUGCAAAUGGACAAGCGUAUGUUCGGGCAUCAAAUUGUCCGACGGUUCGAAUGAAGGAAGAAAAAGAAGUAUUGGAACAUUUUGCAGGUGUUUUUACAAUUCUCAGUCCUUCAACAUUCAAAGAAAUUUUCAGCACAACGAUAACUUACAUGGUGGAUAGGAUUUACAAAAACUACGCUUUACAGAUUGUUGCAAACUCGUUUCUUGCUAGCCCGCAUACUUCACCUACAUUUGCCACCAUACUAGUCGAGUAUUUAUUAGAAAGGUUGAAAGACAUGGGGGAACCAGGAGAAAAAUCAAAUCUAUACUUGAAGCUUUUCAAGCUUGUCUUUGGAUCUGUGUCAUUAUUUGCAAAUGAGAAUGAACAAAUGUUGAAACCACAUCUACACACAAUCGUUACUCGAUCAAUGGAACUUGCUAAUACGGCUCAUGAUCCAUUCAACUAUUUCUUAUUAUUGAGAGCUUUGUUUCGUUCCAUUGGUGGCGGAAGUCAUGAUAGCUUGUAUCAAGAAUUCUUACCACUUUUGCCAAAUCUUUUGCAAGGUCUAAACAGCCUCCAGAGUGGACUUCACAAACAGCACAUGAAGGAUUUAUUUGUGGAACUAUGUCUAACUGUUCCUGUACGACUCAGUUCUUUGCUUCCAUAUCUUCCAAUGUUGAUGGAUCCGUUGGUUUCUGCGCUCAAUGGUUCACAAACUUUAAUAACUCAAGGUCUCAGAACGUUGGAACUGUGUGUGGAUAAUUUGCAGCCUGAUUUCUUAUAUGAUCAUAUUCAGCCUGUAAGAGCAGAACUGAUGCAAGCGCUCUGGAGAACAUUGCGAAAUCCAUCUGAUGGAAUUGCUCAUGUUGCUUUUCGAGUUCUUGGCAAAUUUGGUGGAUCGAACCGAAAGAUGCUCAAAGAAGCUCAACGACUUGAGUAUAAUGACUCAGAUUCACUUGGUCCUUGCAUCAGAGUGGAUUUUCUUGAUUGCAAGACUCCAGUUUACUUGCCGGUGCAACAAAUUGUUGAGAGUGCCUUGAAAUGCUUGAAAAGUUUGGGAACAGAUACAUAUUAUAGGAGACAAUCAUUCGAAGUUAUAAAAUGUUAUUUGAUUUGCAUGAUGAACAAUGACGUUGGACAAAUUGAUUUCUCUCACUUGAUUCAACAUUCCACAUUUACAACUGGAAAGUUUCCUCAUGUUCCUGUGUCAAGUCUACCAAAAUGUCAAGAUACUGUUACCAGAAAUACUUUCAAACAAUCUUUAACUGCUGCGAUCAUGUGUGCUGUUAUCAAAGACCUACAGGUUGUUGCACUGCCAUUUGUUGCUCAUGUCGUUCGACAUUACACUCUCGUUGCUCUAUCCCAACAAGCAGGACCAUUUCCACUCACAGCAAAGCAACAGAGUCAACAAGGAUCCAUGGGUUUCUGUGCUGGUGUAAACAGCUGGUGGUCUGGUAUGGAUCCUUUAGUUUUAAUAGAUUCAAUAGCAGAAUGUAUGGCUUACGAAGAAAAAGAAUUAUGCAAAGUUGGAACAAUUGCUAUUAGUAUCAUCAUUGAAGUCACAAGUACUGUACUUGGAUCCAGAGAACGUGCUUCCAAGUUGCCACUCUUCUCAUACUUGGUUGAUAGAAUGUGUGCUUGCUGUUAUGAUCGAGCAUGGUACGCAAAAUAUGGUGGAUGUAUCGCUAUAAGAUAUUUGAUGGAACAGAUGCCUCUUAAAUGGGUUUUGGAGCAACAGUUUGUUUUUCUACGAGCUCUAUUGUUUGUUAUGAUGGAUUUGACAAGUGAAGUAUCAAGUGGUGCAAUCGAUCGGGCAAAAGACAUUUUACAGAAUCUUCUAAAGAAAUGUGCUUCACCGCUAACUAGUCCUUUGUCAGAAGAUAGAGAAGCUGUUGCCUUGCAGACAACUUCAUUUAAUCAAGUCAUGAGAGAACUUGUGAGAGAAGUUACCUCACCGAACCAACUAGUCAGAGAACAGGCGAUGAGUUCGCUUCAUACUUUGGCAGAAACUUCGGAAAAGAGUGUAACAUCGAUUAUGGCUCCCCAUCGUGAUGUGUUAGCCGACAUGAUUCCACCUAGAAAACACUUGCUUCGGCAUCAACCAGUGAAUACUCAAAUUGGACUCAUGGAUGGAAACACUUUCUGUAACACUCUCAAUCCAAGAUUAUUUACAAUUGAUUUAGCUAUUGUGGAACAUAAGGUUUUCUUUACUGAAUUGUUCAACAUUUGUGAAGCAGAUGACGCAGCUUUAAAAAAACUAGCUUGUUAUAAAAAUGUUGCAAGCUUAGUUCCUCUCAGAAUCAGUGCAAUGAAAGUUUUGGCUGCAUUGCAUUACAUCCCCCAGGUGAAAGAUCGAAUUAUUAAUGUUUUAUUCAAACAACUCGGAUCAGAAAGUGAAGAAUUGAUGAAAACAGCAGAAGAAUGCAUUGAAAAAUUUUUGAAAGGAACUGCAGAAGAAGGAAAACCAGUAGAAAAUGAAGUUCUUCAUAAUGCAAUGAGACCAACGCUGUUCAAAAUGGGAGAUUAUCGGAGUCUAACACUGAGUGUGGUACGCCAUCUUGCUACACUUUCUCGACUUUUUCCGAAUUCAUUCAACGAGAAGCUCUGUGAACAACUUUAUACUCAUCUCGGAAAAUGGUUGGAAGUUGUUCUACACAAACAUCAAUCUCACACUGAUAUCCAACAAGAAUUGAAACUGUGUGUCGCUAUUCUAGACAUAUUUCAUCUCAUUCCACUCGCCCCUCAGUCCCUUCUGGAGCCUUUGAUCACCAGCGUAGUCAAAACUGAGGCAGGUCUGAUGACGGAAAUUGGAAGUCCUUUACGUGAACCGUUGUUUCAAUUUGUUGUUCAACAUCCUGAUGAAGCCUUGCUAAUUUUCUUGCAAGAAGUUCAUGUUACCAACGCACAUUGGAAUCGACUUAUGACAUUUUUCCUGAAAAAACAAGAUGAGAAUGGUCGACUUUUGCGACACACUAUGGAACAAAAGAGUUCUCAAUUGCUUGAUGUAUGUUUCAGUAGACAACUGUAUUAUCAUGGAUUACAGGUUAUCUGGAUUCUUGCAAAGAACAAUUCAAAUUAUUUGGUUCAGCAUGUUAACAUUAUCAAGAAACUGCAACUUAUUUGGUCAAGUCGUGAAUUUCAGCAACGACACAAACAUGAUCAAUCUCUAACCAUUCAUUUCAACGAACCUCGGAUUUUGGCAAAAAUAUUGAAUUUGUACGUAAGCAACAAUCCAGAUAAUGUUGAGCUUCAUUUCCAAUUACUCCGGGGAUUUUCCGGUCGAUCUCUUGCGGAUUUCACUUUUCUUAAAACAUGGUUUGAAGAGAAAAUACCUACAACUUAUUCGAUACUCCAAAAAAGAAAGGUUUUCUUCAAAUAUGUUGAGUUAUUCCAUGAUGAUGCUUUUCCUGCUGAACUCAAAGCUUAUGCUCUGCAAUAUAUUCUGAUUCCAAUGUUCAAAAAAACAUUUGAGAACGGAGAAGGAGAACAAAUAAUUGGUGGACCUCCCAAUCCUGAGUCUGAUAAUCAUAACGAUUGUAUCAGCGUCUUCAUCAACCAAGUAAUUGAUCCUGAUCAGCCGUAUGGAGUACCUGAUGCAGUGAGGAUCCAGUUGCUACGAUUUUUAGCUUUACUUGUUGAAAAUGCAUCGACCCAUAUCCAUGACCCCGGUAACAAACGCCAUGGCAACAAACUUCGUCGUAUAAUGACAUUUGCAUGGCCUUGUUUACUUCCAAAGAAUUGUAUCGAUCCAGCAACGAAAUACCAUGGUCAUCUCCUGUUGUCUCACAUCAUUGCCAAGUUUGCAAUUCACAAGCGAAUUGUGCUGCAGACUUUCUAUUCUCUUCUCAAGGCUCAUGCUGUAGAAGCUCGUGCUGUUGUUCGUCAAGCACUCGAUAUUCUCACGCCAGCUAUGCCUACUAGAAUGGAGGAUGGAAAUCAAAUGUUAACACACUGGACAAGAAAAAUUAUUGUUGAAGAAGGACAUACUAUUGCUCAGCUGAUGCAUGUCUUGCAACUUAUUGUUAGACAUUGUAUGGUAUAUUAUCCUGUCAACAAUGGCCUUAUACAACAAAUGGUCGCAUCAAUGCAACGACUUGGUCUUGCUCCUAACAUUAAUGCAGAACAUCGAAGACUUGCUGUUGACGUGGCUGAAGUUUUAUUGAAAUGGGAAUUGAGAAGAUUGCAAGAAUCAGGAAUAUUAGAUUCUGGAGAUGAUGCAGUGAAACAUCUGACCUAUCCAAUGUCUAACAUUUCUUUGAUGAAAACAUUAUCUGGUGAAUUGCAAACCUCAUCAAGUCAUCAAGUGUCUCCAAUUGAUAAGAAACAUUCCGAUUCUGUUGUUAACUUUCUACUGAGAAUGACUUGCCAGGGUAAUGAUUCAUCUGGAGGUUCAACUGGAGAAAUACUUGGAAGACGAUGUAUCGCAUUAUUGAAGAAAGCUCUAAAACCAGAAGUCUGGCUAAACUCUGAUCUACAUUUAGGAUGGCUUGAAAAAUUGUUGCUUUCUGUUGAAGCUUAUCAACAGAACAAUAUGAGCAACAUUUGUACGGCACUUGAUCUUCUGACAUUAUUACUCCAACAUUUACCAAAGGAAUCAAUCUUGACAACUUUCAAACCGAUACAGAAUGGAAUUGCUGCUUGUAUGAACUGCUCAUCUACCAAGAUUAUUCGUUCUGUGCAAAUGUUGUUAUCUCGAUUGAUGUCAAUUUUUCCAACUGAACGUAGCAUAUUAAGUGUCUCAUCAAUGCAUGAACAACUAGAAGUCUUAUACACGGCCGUAGGAAAAAAUAUACAAGAAGGACUCGCUACUUAUGAAAAGACAACAAAUGCUACAGCAUCAAGUCUCUUCCCAACUCUUCUCAUUCUGAAGUCAGCAUGCACUCACAAUGUGAGUUACAUUGAUAGAUUGAUGAGUGUUUUCAUGAAAACGUUUCUCAAACUUGUUAAAGAUCAUCUGAAUCCUGCACAGGCACCAGGACAAACUACUCCUGAACCUAAUCCAGCCUCUGGUGAACUAAUCAUAAUAUGCCUUGAGCUUGUGAAAAACAGAGUUUCAGUUAUGUCAAGUGACGUCAGAAAAACUUUUAUCCAAAAUAUUCUGGCUCAACUUAUUGAAAAAUCUGUUGAUGGGAAAAUUUUGAAAGCGAUUACAAAAACUAUGGAUGAAUGGCUGAAGAUCAAAUCGACUCCUGAAGCGAGCCAGGUUCCUACAAUGAGAGAGAAAUCCCAUUUGUUAUUAAAAAUGAUGACAUUCAUUGAAAAAAGAUUUCCAGACGAUCUUGAAUUACAAGCCAGCUUUUUGGAACUUGUCAACUAUGUUUACAGAGAUGAAAGUCUUAUUCGAAGUGAUCUGACAAGCAAACUAGAACCUGCGUUUCUUGCUGGACUACGAUGCAAACAACCAGCUAUUCGACAAAAAUUUGUAGAAGUUUUUGAUCGCAGCAUCAAACAGAAACUUUAUGAUCGUUUGUUGUACAUUAUUUGCUCUCAAAAUUGGGAAGCAAUGGGAAGUCAUUUUUGGAUAAAACAAUGCAUUGAGCUUCUAUUUGCUGUUUGUGAUAAAGGAACCUCGAUAUUUAGUCGUGGAAGUCCUUACCUUCUACCUUCCAUCACAAAUGUUGUGAAUCUGGCUGAUAGUCAAGAAAGACAAGUAUUUGAGAUGAUGAGUCGUGUUAAGACUGAACCAAUGGAAGUUGACAUGGACAAUAAAGAUGAUGAUGAAUCUCAAAUGAUGGAGACUAAUUCAAUCAGUGGAAACACACGACUAAAAAGCCCUAUCCAACAUUCAAAGUCGAAGGAUCCCAAGCAACUUUUGGCAACGCUAAUAACAAAACAUGGGAGAUUCUUGGAAUCCGUGACAGAAGUAAAAAUCUGUUCGUUCCUGAAUUCAGUGACUCAAUUAUGCCAUCAUGAUACCGAUCUUGCAAGCAAAGUUUGGAUUCAACUUUUCCCAAGAAUUUGGAAAGUUCUCAGCGACAAACAACAAGAUAUACUUCGUGGAGAAAUUGGAUCUUUUAUAUGCAGUGGAGCCCAUCUUGUGCAGAAAGAUUGUCAACCAUCGUCGUUACAUACUUUUGUUGAAUCUUUAUCUCACUGCAUACCGCAACUCAAACUUAGGCCAUGCGUUGUGAAAUAUCUGGGAAAGACUCAUAAUCUGUGGUUACGUUGCGCCAUCAUGCUUGAAAAUUUAUCUACGGAACGUGGCCUUUAUUUGUCGAAACCCAAACAACAAUCUCGUGGUUCUUCAUCUUAUGUCCCUGAGAAUAUUAAUUCCGAACAACAAGAGAUUCUGGAUUCCUUGUGUAACUUAUACUCACUUCUGAGAGAGGAAGAUAUGUGGGCUGGAUUGUGGCAAAAACGUUGUAAAUUUCCUGACACAGCUAAAGCAAUUGCUUUUGAACAACAAGGAUUUUUUGAACAAGCUCAAUCAACGUAUGAAAGUUUAAUGUCUCAAGCAAGAGAUGAUCAUAAUAAAGGUCCCGCACCAAUAACUAACAUUCCUGAAUAUCAAGUUUGGGAAGAACAUUGGAUCAGAUGCUGCAAAGAACUAAAUCAGUGGGAAAUAUUGACAGAAUAUGGCAACAAAGGAAGUGUCUGCAAUUCACAUCUUGUAUUAGAUUGUGCUUGGAGACUUCCUGACUGGACAACUAUGAAAGAUGCUUUAGUUCAAGUUGAACUUUCUUGUCCGAAGGAAAUGGCUUGGAAAGUCAACAUGUAUCGAGGAUUUCUUGCAAUAUGUCAUCCUGACGAACACCAUCUGCAUCUCAUUGAAAGACUCGUUGACAUGGCUAGUUCUCAAGCUAUUAAAGAAUGGAAAAGAUUACCAAGAAUAGUUUCUCACAUUCACACACCUUUACUACAAGCUGCUCAACAAAUUAUAGAAUUACAGGAGGCAUCGCAGGUUCACCAAAGCUUACAGCCUAGUAAUCUUGGACGCAGUAAUUCUCUUCAUGAUAUGAAAGCAAUUGUUAAAACUUGGAGAAAUCGACUUCCUAUGACAUCAGAUGACCUUUCACACUGGAGUGAUAUUUUCAUAUGGCGUCAUCACCAUUACCAGGCAAUUGUACAAGCAUAUGAUGACAUGUCAGCACUUCAGCCUGAUCCCAAUUCAAACCAUGCAAUGUUGGGGGUGCAUGCAUCUGCAUCUGCUAUCAUUCAUUACGGAAAAAUUGCUCGGAAACACGGCCAAAUCAAUUCAGCUUUAGACUCAUUGUCAAGAAUUCAUUCCAUUCCUUCAGUGCCGAUUGUAGAUUGUUUCCAGAAAAUACGGCAACAGGUUAAAUGCUACCUGCAAAUGACAGGUGUUAUGGGGAAAGGAGAAUGCAUGCACGGUCUUGAAGUAAUUGAAUCGACAAAUUUGAAAUAUUUUACCAAAGAAAUGACGGCUGAGUUCUAUGCUUUGAAAGGAAUGUUUUUGGCUGAAAUUGGAAAAUCAGAAGAAGCAAAUAAAGCAUUUUCUGCUGCAGUGCAAAUGCAUGAUGUACUUGUGAAAGCUUGGGCGUUAUGGGGAGAUUAUUUGGAAAAUGUUUUUGUGCAGCAACCUUCUCAAAUCAAGCAAGGAGUUUCAGCUAUCACUUGCUACUUGCACGCAUGUCGGCAUCAGAACGAACAUAAAUCAAGAAAAUAUCUUGCUAAAGUUAUUUGGCUUCUUAGUUAUGAUGAUUCUGAAUGUGCUUUAGCUGACGCUGUGGACAAGUAUUCCGUUGGAGUGCCACCAAUUCAGUGGUUGGCUUGGGUACCUCAGUUACUUACGUGCUUGGUUUGCAGUCAUGGAGCUAAAAUACUCAACUUGCUGAGUCAUGUUGCUAGAGUGUUCCCUCAAGCUGUAUACUUUCCAAUUCGUACUCUAUAUCUCACAUUGAAGAUUGAACAACGAGAAAGGUAUAAAAGCUCAGAAGUGAACACUGCUGGAACUGCUGUUUCAUCUGGUAAUGAAUCCUCUCAAGAGUCAUCUUCAGGAGAAAACAAACCUAACGUAGUCGUUUCACAACAAUCUCAAACCCAAACUCAACAACAAAAUACUACGGCAGGUGGGAGUGAUUCUGGCCCAAUUCGUGCCACACCAUCUAUGUGGCGAUGCAGUCGUAUCAUGCAUAUGCAGAGAGAUUUGCAUCCAACGUUGCUGUCUUCUCUUGAGGGAAUUGUUGAUCAGAUGGUUUGGUUUCGUGAAAACUGGCAUGAAGAGGUUCUUCGCCAGCUUUGUCAAGGACUUGCAAAAUGUUAUUCUGUUGCAUUUGAGAACAGAGCAGCAGUUUCACAGGCUAGGAUUACACCUCAUACGUUGAAUUUUGUCAGAAAACUCGUUUCGACUUUCGGUGUUGGAAUUGAAAAUGUAUCAAAUGUUACGCAAACAUUUUCAAGUGCAGCCUCUGAGUCUCUUGCUCGUCGAGUACAGGCUACAGCACAAGAUCCUGUUUUUCAAAAAAUGAAAACACAAUUUACAACUGAUUUUGACUUCAGCAUACCUGGAUCAAUGAAGUUACAUAACGUCAUCCAGAAAUUGAAGAAAUGGAUCAAAAUAUUGGAAGCUAGGACAAAGGUGAUGCAAAAAUCAUUCUUGAUUGAGGAAAAAUGUCGUUUCUUGAGUAACUUCUCUGCAAGCACAGCAGAAGUUGAGAUUCCUGGGGAAUUUUUGAUGCCUAAAGCAACUCAUUAUUAUGUUAAAAUAGCAAGGUUUAUGCCUAGAGUUGAAAUUGUUCAAAAGCACAAUACUGCUGCUCGGAGAUUGUAUAUUAGAGGACACAAUGGAAAAAUUUAUCCUUAUUUGGUAAUGAAUGACGGAUGCCUGAUUGAAUCUCGGCGUGAAGAACGAGUAUUGCAACUAUUACGCCUUCUCAAUCCUGGCCUUGAAAAAAGGAAAGAAACAGCAAAACGUCAACUUUUAUUUACUGUUCCGCGUGUUGUUGCUGUUUCUCCCCAGAUGAGACUUGUAGAAGACAAUCCAUCUUCUCUCUCAUUGCUGCAUAUAUAUAAACAGAGGUGUGCGAAAAAGAAUGUUGAAUACGAUGCUCCAAUCAGUAGAUAUUAUGAAAGACUAACAUCUGUGCAAGCAAGAGGAACUCAGGUUGGUCACCAAGUACUUCGAGACAUCCAGAAAGAAGUGCAAAGUAAUACUGUACCUCGCAGUAUGCUGAAAGAAUGGGCAACACAUACUUUUCCUGCUGCUACAGAUUAUUGGACUUUCAGAAAGACGGUCACACUUCAGUUAGCAUUACUUGGAUUUGCAGAAUUUGUCUUGCACUUGUCAAGACUCAAUCCAGAAAUGUUGCAAAUUGCACAAGAUUCUGGUCAUCUUCAUGCAGCAUAUUUCAGGUUUGAUGUUGGUGAUAAUACAGGUGAAUUGGAUGCAAAUCGAUCAGUUCCUUUCCGUCUUACUCCGAAUAUCACAAGUUUUAUUUCACCUGUCGGUGUUAGCAGUGUCCUGACUGCUGCCAUGAUUGCCACUGCGAGAUGUUUCAUGCAGCCUAGUUUUAAGGUGGAAGGCUUACUUCGUGCUAUUCUCCGAGAUGAAAUGAUAGCUUGGUAUAAGAAAAAGCAAGAUGAUGUCACACAACCUGCAACUAUGGUUCCUCCAAAUACACAACCCCCUGAUAUUGCAAGUGACCAGUUGGUGGCGCUAGUGAAUCAUGCUGUCAAAAUGAUAAUGUCUCGUCUUCAAAAUCUCGCUGAAUUUGAGGGCGGAGAAAGCAAAGUAACAUCGCUCGUGAAUGCAGCAACUCUACAAGAAAAUCUGUGUCGAAUGGAUCCUGCAUGGCACCCAUGGCUAUGAAAAGCACCACAUAAUUUGUUGUAUAUACAGUUCUUGGUUUUAUGAAGUAAAAUGACACUUUUGCUAUUUUCUGACUAGCGACUUACUUUCUAGAAGGCUGAUGGCUUACUAAUCACUUUUUUCGGCUUUAGUGGUAGAGAUCAUCGCUAACAAUUAGUGCUUUCCUAUUGUCCAAUAGAAAUGCCUGUGGUUGCUUACCUUUCAAUCAUGUUGUUUAAGUUUUGUACAUUUUUGUAUCAUAUUUUUAGUUUUCUGUGUUUGAAUAAAUAUUCGUACAUGGACUGUAUAUCAGA